AUGUAUCCCGCCUUUGGGAGCCUACAGGUGAUACUACUAGCCGUUCUGUGUGUCAUCGCUACACUUGUACUGUGUGGGCGGCCGAGAAAUCUGCCACCAGGACCGAGAGGACUGCCGAUUGUCGGCAAUGCUAUAAGCCUACUCAAGGGUGCUCUUCCGCUGGUCUAUACCGACUGGUCAAAGAAGUACGGUGACGUCUUUACCGUGUAUUUUGGUCCCAGACUGACGAUAGUUCUGAACGGUUACGCCGCGAUCCACGAGGCACUGGUGAAGAACGCGGAGAACUUCUCCAGCCGUUCGCCGUCUCACGCAAUGAGGACUCCAGAUGGAAAGACACUUGGAAUAGCCGCUGAACCUUAUGGUCCCAAGUUGAAGGAGCACCGUAAGUUCGCCAUGAUGAGUUUGCGUGACUUCGGAGUUGGGAAGAGAAGUCUUGAGGGGAAGAUUCUCGAAGAGGCACGAGGUCUUGGUGAUGAGAUCUGCAAAACAGAAGGACGACCAUUUUGUAUCUCUCAGAUGAUGCAGAAUGCUGUUUCUAACGUCAUCUGUUCAAUUGUGUUCGGCCGCCGUUAUGAGUAUGAUGACAUGGCAUUCAAAGAUCUUCUAAAUGCAAUAAAUGGAGUAUUCUCUCGAAGCUUUGCAGUGAUAUUUGCGCAAGUCUUUCGUCCAAUGAGGAUCCUACCAGGAGUUAGGAAGCCGUUUCAAAAACUUAAACGGAACCAGGCAAAACUCAUAAACCACAUUAGGGACAGAAUCAAAGAACACGAAGACACUUUUGACCCUAAGGACAUCCGUGAUUUUAUUGACGCAUUUCUCUUGGAGUCUAAAAAACGGCAGGGAGACGAGAACUCUACAUUUACUGAGCAGGAACAUGCCGCGAUCGUCUAUCAACUGUUCGUGGCAGGAACUGACACAACAUCUACCACCUUACGUUGGGCCCUGCUCUACAUGAUCCUCCAUCCGGACAUUCAGGAGAAAGUACAGCAGGAGAUAGACAGCGUGCUGGGACCCAACCAGGAGCCGGCAAUGGCACAUCGUAGCCAAAUGCCAUUCACGGAGGCCACACUGGCAGAAGUGAGCCGACUGGCAUCUGUGACGCCGAUGACCAUCCCCCACGGCACGAGCAACGAUACAGCAUUCAGGGGGUACAACAUCCCAAAGAACACGUCGGUGACAGUAAACAUCUGGUCCGUGCACCAUGACCCAAACCUGUGGCCGGAGCCGGACAAGUUUGACCCCACUCGCUUUCUGAAUGACGAGGGCAAAUAUGUGAAGAGGAAUGAAGUACUUGCGUUCUCCAUUGGCCGUCGUGUCUGUCUUGGUGAACAACUGGCCAGGAUGGAGCUCUUCCUCUUUUUCACAUCUCUGCUGCAGCGCUUCACCUUCAAGCUGCCAGAGGGCGCUCCUAAGCCUUCUGAGAAAGGGAUCCAUGCAGCAUUGCAUCACCCUGUGCCAUUCAAGCUUAUUGCUGAACCAAGGGAUUGAAAUACAUGGAAUUUUGCUAGUAACAUGCGCAUGCAGGUUGGAUAUCAAAACCUUUUAUUAGUCAGUGUAGUGGUAGAUGGAUGCGUAUAAAGUAAAAACCUCGUCACACAAAUACGUCGAGAAGAAAAUUGAUGAUAUUAUAAUCUUGUGAAUUAUGUGGCAUUUAUUAUUAUCAAAGCGUCAGUUUUUAUAUAGAAGAAUAAAGUAUAAACUUUUAGACACCUUUGUUUCGAUACAUUAGUUAUUUCAACAGUCUGUGGUUCGUCGUGUGGAGAUAUCUGGUCAUGAUAAAGUGCUUAGAAGUAUCAUUACAGGUGCAGUUCUAGAUAUUUUCUUCCGCACUUACGACAUUGUUAUAAGAUAUAAGGGCCAUAAUAAGCAAAACUCUACUACAUUGAGUUAAUACUGCUAAAUACAUUCCUAAUUUCAUUACUGCAUGUUUAGAUUUCGCGAUUAUAUGUAAGGUAGACGUUGUAACAAUGCAUAUUUAUUUAUAACCAUGCUAGUUCUAAAGUUUGAAACAAAUACAGUUAGUUUUAAAGAUA